CGCGAAUGUUUCUUUAUGCCUGCUUUACACACCCACCGCUGGAUCGAGAAAACCCCCUCUCUUGUGUUCUAAUCAACGGUUCACAAAUCAACAGUAAAAUAACUGGCAGUGAUGCGACACACGUUGUUUGCAGCUAUAAAGGACACGAGAAAAUAUUAUUGACGUUGCCAAAUAGAGAUUUUUUCGAGCUAGCUGUAUAGUUGAAGAGAAGCUGAAGAGGAAGAGAUGGCAGAGCAAGAGGUGAAGAAGGUAGAGGCUGUAACGCCCGUGGCUCCAGCUCCAGUGGAAACUAAAAGUGAUGUGGCCGAUGGGAAAGUUACGGCUCCACCACCACCAGUGGCUCCAGCCACUGCUGCUGAGGAAUCAAAAGCACUUGCUGUUGUUGAAAAGACAGAACCUGCUCCGAAGAAGGUUUCAGGCGGAUCAAUUGACAGAGAUGUAGCUCUUGCUGACCUUGAAAAAGAAAAGAGACUUUCCUUUAUCAAGGCAUGGGAAGAGAGCGAGAAAACUAAAGCCGAGAACAAGUCUCAGAAAAAUCUCUCUGCUGUUGCUGCCUGGGAGAACAGCAAAAAAGCAGCUCUGGAAGCCAAACUGAGAAAGAUGGAGGAAAAACUGGAGAAGCAAAAGGCAGAAUAUGCAGAGAGAAUGAAAAACAAGAUUGCUUUAAUUCACAAAGAAGCUGAGGAAAAGAAGGCAAUUGUUGAAGCCAAACGCGGGGAAGAGGUCUUAAAGGCAGGGGAGACGGCUGCAAAAUACCGUGCUACUGGGCAAACCCCAAAGAAGCUCCUUGGUUGCUUCUGAAGUCGCACUUUAGGAGCCUAGCAUGGAAGCGGAAAGUUGAAUCAUCAUUCUUCCUCUGCAUAUAGUGUUUUUUAACUCCUUGUUUUUCUUGCUUGCUUGCUUUUUCUUUUUUUUCCCCACAUGGUUUCAUGUCUUCUUUCAUUAAACAUCGGAAAAUUUAAAUAUUCAGUGUGUUUAUGUAUAGGAAUACAAUAUUUGAUCUGUGAGAAACAAGUUUAACAUGUUUGUGAA